CUUGUACGGGCAGUUUAAGAAACAACAACAAAAAAUUGAUGCAGUUUAAGAUAAUUCAGGAACUGGCCAAAAAGUUGAACAAUGGCUGAAGAAACAACAGAAGAGCAGCAAAGGACGCCAAUAAAAGAAACCACAAUGGGAAAGGAAUUCAAGAAGGCGCCAUUCUCAGUGAGGUUUGAAGUGGACCUUAUGCAGCUGGGAUUGUUUGUGGUGGCCCUUAUGACCAGGACCUGGCAGCUGGGGGUUCCAAGGGCAGUCGUUUUUGAUGAGUUGCACUUCUCCAAAUUUAUCUCCAUGUACCUGAAGAGGAUAUUCUUCUUUGAUGGCCAUCCACCAUUCGGGACGAUGUUGCUGGCACUGACAGGUGGCUACACAGGUUUUGAAGGGGAUAUUGGCUUUGACAGAAUUGGUGCAGACUACCCUGCUGGUUUCCCAGUGAAGGAGUUGCGUCUGGUUCCCGCUGUGUGUGGCAGUCUGGUGGUGCCCCUUGUGUACCAGAUCGCUGUGGAGAUGGGGCUGUCUCGCUGGGCCGCACUGCUUGCAGGGGCCUUCAUACUCCUUGAUAAUGCCCUGCUGGUGCAGUCGCGGUUUGUCCUCCUGGAAGGAAUACUGCUGUGCUUCAUGUGUUGUGCCCUUCUGGGGCUACUCAAGUUCAGGAAUCUUUCCCACAGGGAGUUUUCCCUACAGUGGUGGUUCUGGCUGUGUUUUACCGGAGUCUCAUUCACCUUUGCAGUCAGUACGAAGUAUGUGGGUGCUUUCACAGUGGUCCUUGUACUGUACAUUGUGUGUAAAGACUACUGGAAGAAAAUUGCAGACUUCACUGUCACAGAUUUGCAGCUGUUAAUGCACUUUCUUGCCCGAGUGGUCACCCUGGUGAUGGUUCCUUGCCUUAUCUACAUAUACAUCUUCUAUGUUCACCUGAGCAUACUGACCAAGGCUGGUCCCCAUGACAAUGUGAUGACCAGCGCAUUCCAGGCCAGUCUUGAGGGAGGUCUGGCCACACUAACAAAGGGUCAGCCCCUGUAUAUUGCGUAUGGGUCCCAGAUCACCCUUCGUCACACGUACGACAAGAACCCCGGUAGCAGACCCUGCUGGCUGCAUUCUCAUGCCCAUGUCUACCCUGUGCGCUACAAGGACGGGCGUGGCUCGAGUCACCAGCAGCAGGUUACAUGCUACACUUUCAAAGACGUGAACAACUGGUGGAUUGUGAAAAACCCAGACAAGGAGGAGAUGGUGCUUGAUGAUCCGGUACAGCCAGUGAAGCACGGGGACAUCGUACAGCUGGUGCACGGCCUUACCAGCAGGGCCCUCAAUAGUCAUGACGUGGCAGCCCCGCUGACUCCCCAGUGUCAGGAGGUGUCGUGUUACAUCAACUACAAUGUGUCCAUGCCUCCACAGAACCUCUGGAAAGUGCAAAUAAUCAACAGAGCAAAUGACAACAGCAAAUGGGAGACAAUCAAGAGCCAUGUGCGUCUCGUUCACGUUCAAACAAACCAAGCACUCAAGACGACUGGGUUGAGCCUGCCUGAGUGGGGCUUCAACCAGCUGGAGGUGGCAACAGACCGACAUAUGCAGCAAGACGCCACCAUCUGGAAUGUGGAGGAGCACAGAUACAACAAAAAUGAAGACAAGGAGGGUCGGCUGAGGGAUAUUCAGCAGGCAGAGCUGAUCCCCAUGGAGCCCACGUACGUGUCGUUCUGGGAGAAGUUCUGGGAACUGCAGACCAAGAUGCUGUUUGGGGCGCCCCCAGCAGAUAUAGAACACAAGUACAGAUCCAACCCCCUCGACUGGCCCUUUGUCUCCAAGAACGUGGCCUAUUGGAUGCACGCCACUACUAAUGCCCAAAUUCAUCUCCUUGGAAACACGGUUGUCUGGGUAACAGGGACACUGAGUGUUCUGUCGCUGUGUGCAUUACUGGCCUUUUACCUUCUGCGAAGACGACGGGGUUUUCAUGAACUGAACACAGAUGAAUGGAAGGAUUUCCUCUUCCUGAUUGACUUCAUCGUGGUUGGGUACUUCCUUCACUAUCUACCUUACUUCCUAACGGACAGAACUCUGUUUCUGCAUCAUUACCUCCCUUGUAUGCUCUUCAAAGUGCUGGCUGUGGCCGCCAUCUUGGAUCACAUUGAAAUGCUGUGCAGAUCAUAUGUCACCUCUCACAGCUCCAUGGUAACGAGAUAUGUUGUUGUGGCGCUGGUAGCCAUGGCAACGUGGGUGUUCAUUCAGCUGAGCUGCGUCACUUACGGCAACGUGAGCCUCACUGCAGCAGAUGUUAAGAGGCUGUCGUGGAGGGAAUCAUGGGACUUCCUGCUGCAUCAGAUUGGUUCAUGAGUUCAAAUUGUUUAAUCUUAGAUCUUGAUCCUAAAUAUUUAAGUCGCAGUAAUUGAAAAUUGAAAAUCAUAAUGAACAUUCUGUAUGGACAAAUAUGAGAAGGUACUUGUGAACAAUUGAUUGUUGUUAAUGUUGAAUAACAAAGUUUCUUAAAAUGCGAUAUCUAGUUGUGCCUCAGGAGAUGGUCGACAUGUACCAUAUAUAGUGUGUACACCAGUACUCUGUUUGAACAUAGAAUGUUUUUUCAACAAUAUUUUUGCGAACAAACACAUUUUUUUUCACUGAAAAAGAAACAUGAUUAUAAGGAGUUGAUUUCUAUAAACUGGGGUUUUUGAAGGUCAACAUUUAAAAGCAUUCCUAUUAUCCCAAUUAUUUCAGGCCAAACAACUGUGGAACUUGUUUAUUUAAACUUUGUUUUGAACAAAACCUUGCCCAUUCAGAAUGGUUUUGAAAUGUUGAUUUGAUUUACAUGUGUGCAUUGCUUAAGAUUGAGACUGCAUACAUCUUGUCAUCAGUAUAGUUAUGCUUUCACUCGAUUUAAUUAAUUUCGCCCCCCAUAACAAUUCGGCAGGCAUUUUGCAGUGCAAUUGCUUGUAAUUCCAGGAAUUGUUUGGAAUUAUUUGCCCCUCUUACAGCUUGUCAAGUUCACUUUGCCUUGACCAAAUGUUAUAUAGUACCUUUUGAGACCUUAACGACUUGCCCACCAUAUAACAAUGUUAAGAAAUAGUUAUUUUUAUAAAUGUCAGAUACAUACAAUGUUUUUUUGUGGUUUCUUGCCAUUUGUUUCUUGUCAUUAACCAGGUUUUCCGAAGGAAAAAACUGGUUAUUAGAUUGGCGAAUGCAAGCGGGCUGGCUGGCUGGCUGGCGGGCUGGCUGGCGGGAGGGCGGAACAAGCUUGUCCGGGCCAUAACUAUGUCGUUCAUUGUCAGAUUUUAAAAUCAUUUGCCACAUUUGUUCACCAUCAUUGGACGGUGUGUCGCGCGAAAUAAUUACGUUGAUAUCUCCAAGGUCAAGGUCACACUUUGAGUUCAAAGGUCAAAAAUGGCCAUAAAUGAGCUUGUCCUGGCCAUAACUAUGUCAUUCAUUGUGAGAUUUUAAAAUCAUAUGGCACAUUUGUUCACCAUCAUGGGACGGUGUGUCGCACGAAAGAAUCACGUCAAUAUCUCCAAUGUCAAGGUCGCCACGACUAAAAAUAUAUUUUUUUAAAAACAAACUUACAAAGGGGGUUAAUUUUGUUUGUUCAUUUCAAAAGUUCAGUUUGAGUUUUCUCCCUUUAUCAGAUUUUUUUUCACAAUGAAAACCUGGUUUUGUGACAAUUUUGUCCCUUGUUUUAAUUAUGUCAUGAGAUUAGAAUUGUUAUGCCUCAAUGAAGUGGGAGGCAUCAAACAUUGCACUUGUCCAUCCAUACUUCUUGAAGCAUGUGUUUUCAAGUCCGUUUUGCCUUUUGUGUGGAUCUCGCUCAAAUCGUCACAUGGUAAUGACCAUAAUGUGUAGAUGUUUGUGAUGAAAGGAAUUUGGACUGAAAUGAGGUUUGGCUGAAUCAAGGCCUUUUGUCUGAUUGUCGACAUUUGAAUAUAUAGCCCAAUAACUUGGAGUUUUCAAUUCAUCUUUUACUAUGGGCUCAAUCUUGCUCAAGAUUCACAGUUGAAUGACAUUAAUGUGUAGAUGUUGGUUAAGACAGGAAGUAUGGCCCUCUGUCUGUAUUUUCCACUAUAGAAUAUAUAGUCUAAAAACUUCGUGUUUUUAAUUCAGUUGUAUACUAGAUAAUAAAUAGAUCUUGCUUAAACUUAGAAAAAUUGAAUUUCCUUAAUGUUCAGAUUAUCUUAAAGAAACGAAUUUAGGCUGUGAUGAGGUCAAGAAAAAUUAUGGACUUUUGUCUGCUUUUUCUUAAAUGAAUAUAUACAUGUAGUGUCAAAAUUGUGUGUGUUUUUACCUUUUAUGCAGGUGCUGAGCAUGUUUGCUAACAUUUUACAACUAAAUGACAUUAAUGUGUUGAUGAGCGUUCCAUAAUUUCAGCGUCAUCCAGUUUUGGAACAAUUAUGGCUUUUUGUCUACUGUAUAAAGUGAAUUUGUCCAUGUCCAAACAUGUUUUGUGGGGGCAUCAGUGUCUGUGACAAAUUUCUUUUAUAUUCUUUUUGAAAGGACUUUAGGGUGUGUAAUUGUGUUUUGCAAAAUAAAUCACCAAUGUCCUGUUCAUGUUACCAUAGUUCACCAAGUGCUAGUUACAUGUAGCUUGGGUGGAAAUGUUUACAUAUACCAUUCAAUCUCUCAUUUUAUUUUUUGCUGGCAACAUUUUAAGUUACAUGACUUGGAGUUGAGAAUCUCCUAGGCAGCUGUUACAAACAGUUCAAAGAAAGCAAUUAUCUACUAUGUUGUUUAAGAAAUCUUUUAAUGUCCAGUUCAAUUAAAAUUCUUAAAUUGUGUUCAGAUAACUUCAUCUUGAAAAUAUUACCUUUCAUUCACAUAGCUUUUACAAUCAUACUGAAUUACAUGUAUUGAUGUUAUGAUAUAUUGUUUAUAUUUUCAAACAAGUUGUCAAUGGUUACACAACAUAAUUUUGUUUGAAUUAGAUAAUUUUUCUAUUCUUUAACAUUGUUAUAACAGAUUUAUCAAGGUAACUUUGUAAUAUUUUAGUUUUUUUGGUCUUUGCUGUGAACAAUUAAAACCACUAUAGAUGUCAUAAGUAAAAUAUAUUUAUCAAUGGUUGUUAUUAUUACCGAUGGGAAAUUAAAUUAUUAUGGUGUGCUUUAAUUUAGUCUUAUUGCUCAUAUACACAGCUAAUAUAAGAUUGUAUGUAAGUAUGCUUUAUACACUUUGUAUUUCACAAAUUAUAGUUAUAUAUAUAUUGAAUGCUGCAUUUUAAUAUUUUUGCAGUACACAAUAUUAUUCCAUGGUAUAGGCUGAAACAAAAGUGAGUGUUGUUAGUGAUUUUAAACCAGAUUUUCAACACUGUUGAAGUUGCUGGUAUUUGAUUGGGCCUUAGCAGUUGCUCAUCUGUAGUUAACUGGGGUGUUUGUACUAAAAUUUGAGUUGGCAUUGGUCAACUUUGAUGUAUCCAUGUUAUAAAUUGUGCCAUUUUAGUCUGAUGAUAAUUUUUGUUUUUGGUAUCGUGUUCAAAUGAUGUUUUCACGCCAUGGUCACAUUUUUAGUAAACUGCUUUUUAACACAAAAAGUUUAUAUAUGUUUGUUUAUACAACCAAUCUGUAUCUAAAUGUAUAAAACUGUUGUAUUAUUUUUUAUCUUUAAGAGUUGAGGCUUAGUGGGCUAUAAUUGUCAUGAUAGUUCUGUUCUUAUAUUCAAUGCCUGUUAAAUGCCCACAAUAGAGAUAUGCAAUCAUAUGUUUAUUAUAGUUUGUGCAUGUCCUUUGUUUUUGUUUGCUAAGAAAUGGGCAACAUUUAGAUAUGCAAUACAUUUUGUGCUUAAGUUUAUGCUUUAUUUUUAUGCCCCUGGAUCAAAUGAUGGGGGUAUAUUUUUUUUGGUCUGUCUGUCUGUCGUUGUAUGUGUGUGUCUGUCAUUGUAUGUGUGCGUCUGUCACAAAACUUUAACCUUGGUCAUAACUUUUGCAAUAUUGAAGAUAGCAACUUGAUAUUUGGCAUGCAUGUGUAUCUCAUGGAGCUGCACAGUUUGAGUGGUGAAAGGUCAAGGUCAUCCUUCAAGGUCAAAUAUUUGGCUUCAAAGUGCAGUAGGGGGCAUUGUGUUUCACAAACAGAGCUCUUGUUUUAUAAUUAUUUAUGGGGAAUAUUUUGUAUUUAUUUACAAAACAAUUGUUAAAAUCAAAUUAUUUCCAGUCUACAUUCCUUAUACACAUCAAGCCUGCUUGCAAUAAACUUAAAUGUGGAAUGUACUGUAUACUCAAUCACAAUUCAAUGGUUACACCUUUAUAUUGCCCAUUUUUCCAAAAUGGUUCAAAGUAUACAUUUAAAAUAUUCGUAUAUUUUCAUUUGAAGUUUUACAUAACUCACCCUUUCACUUUUAUUUUGGGGGGAGCAUAUAGUCGCCGCUUCGUCUGUCCGUCCGUGUGUCCGUCCGUGCACAAUUUUUGUCCGGGCUAUUUCUCAGCAACUAAUGACCGGAAUUCAAUGAAACUUUAUGGGAAGCUUCACUAUUAAGAGGAGAUGUGUAUAUUAUCAGCGGGUUCUGGUCGGAUGAUUUUUCACAGAGUUAUGGCCCUUUGAAAUUUUCUAUUAAAAAAUUCUUGUCCCCCCAAGUACUGUGCCCUCAAGACGUUUCCUUUUAUCUGAACAUAUAGUGCAAUAUUGUGACAAAAAGACCUUUGGGGAGCAUCACCCUUCUCCAACCGUUGCUUGUUUGCAUUGGAACUAGCAAAGAUUAUUGCCUUUCAUUAGUAUAUAAUUUCUCUUUUAGAACAAUGCGAUGCAAAAUAAGCUGACAUGUUUUAAUGUUAAAUUUCAGACUAGAAUUUGAGAGCUUGACUUCUUAAUAAAUAGAGUGUGUGGUGAUUAAUUAUUAAUUAUUAUUACUAGGUGUUCAUACACCAGGUCACACGUGCAACAUGUGUACUACUGCAGACUCACAAAAUACAUAAUGUUUGAUCUGCCUGCACAAUCCCUAGAGCCCAAUUUUCUAUGCUCCCCGAAAAUUUUCUGUGGAGCAUUUACUUGCCAGUUUGUCCUUCCUUACUCCCUUCCUUCUGUUACACUUUUGUUACAGUUUCUCAUAGCGCCUUCAAUAUUUUACCGAUGUAGAUACCUUGCAUGGACCGCUACCUUUUGUGAGGUUAGAGGUCACUGGGGUCAAGGUCACCGAGGCUAUUGUCCUUCCUUACUUCCUUCCGUCACACUUUUUUACAGUUUCGCAUAGUGUCUUCAAUAUUUUACCAAUCUCUUACAUAUUUGGCAUGUAGGUACCUUGCAUGGACCUCUACCUUUUAAUGAGGUUAAAGGUCACUGGGGUCAAUGUCACUGAGGAUGAUAAAAGAUUUUCUCAAGGUCAAACUUUGGUUACAGUUUAUCAUUGCACCUUCAAUAUUUGACCAAUCUCUUAUAUAUUUGGCAUGUACAUGUAGGUACCUUGCAUGGUCCUCUACCUUUUGAUGAGGAUUGAGGUGACUGGGGUCAUUCCGGACACUCCGGAUAUUUAUUCUGGGAGACUUCAACAAGGUAGUCCUAAAUGGUCAGAAGUUUUUUUCAUUUUGAAACCUGAUUCCAAGUCCACCGUUUAAGACAAGCAGUGUUUUAGACAUGGUAUUUUACAACAGACAGGAUCAAGUCAUGACUCAUAUUCAGCCAGUGUACUUUAGUGACCAUAGUGUUAUUUGGGUUAGAGUUACAUUUUAAAGAAAGAGUGAGUGUAUACUAUUAUUGGCAUUAAUUAUUAUAAAUACCUGUUUACUUUAUUAUGAACAUAAGGGGAGCAUCCAAUGUUUUUUAACGAUACUUCUUGUUUAUCUUGGUUGUGAUGAGAUGAACAUGCUUUGAAAGAUAUAACAGUACACUUAACAUGUAGUCUUCAUGGACUUAAACAUCAUUAUGUUCACACAAGGAUGAAAUAUAUCAUCCAUGCAUAAUGAUCUCUUUAUAUGUAUGAUAUAAAGGCGUCACUCUGUCAUCCCAGCCAUGUUCUAGCAUAUAGGAUACUACACUCAAGGAUUUGUGGCCCACAUUGAAUUGAGAGUUCCCAUAUUCUAUUCCCAUUCAGGUAGUGUUUUCAAGAUCUUUCCAUUGACACAAAGUACUGGUUCUUCAUGGGAAACAAAUUCAUAGGUUUUGAACAAAAAUGUUUUUACUGAUUUUUACUCAGGUUGUCACACGGUUGAAAAUGCUUGUCAUUUGAUUGGAUUUUUGCAGUAAAUAAACUGUUUAAACAGGAGUGUUUAUACUAACAUUUUAAUUGGCAUAGGCCAAACUUGAAGUUUCACAGUUUUAACUUGUGCCAUUGAAGUCUACUGAUUAAAAUGUAUUGGUAUCAUCUGGAAAAAUUGUUUAAAUGCAAUGACCACGUUUCUAUUAAACUGCUUAAUAACACGAAGUAGUGAUAGACAUUUGUGUAAAUAAUGCAUCUUUUGUAUAAAAAAUAGAUACACAACUUUUGUUGUUGUUGUUUCCCAUGUCAAAAAGUUGAGACUUAAUGGUAUUUUAUAGGCAUGACAGUUCUGUUUUUAGCUCACCUGUCACGAAGUGACAUGGUGAGCUUAUGUGACCGUGUGAUGUCCAGCGUCUGUUGUGUGUGCAUGCGUGUGUGUGUGUGUCCGUCAACAAUUUGUUUGCGAAGACAGAAGAGGUCACAGUUUUCAUCCAAUCUUAAUGAAAUAUGGUCAGAAUGUUUAUCUUGAUGAAAUCUGGGUUGGGGUUGUAUUUGGGUCAUCUGGGGUCAAAAACUAGGUCACUAGGUCAAAAACUAGGUCAAAUAAUAGAAAAACCUUGUGUAGACAAUAGAGGUCGCAGUUUUCAUCCAAUCUUUAUGAAAUUUGGUCAGAAGGUUUAUUUUGAUGAAAUCUUGGUUGGAAUUGUAUUUGGGUCAUCUGGGGUCAAAAACUAGGUCACUAGGUAAAAAACUAGGUCAAAUAAUAGAAAAACCUUGUGUAGACAGUAGAGGUCACAGUUUUCAUCCAAUCUUUAUGAAAUUUGGUCAGAAUGUUUAUUAUGAUGAAAACUGGGUUGGGAUUGUAUUUGGGUCAUCUGGGGUCAAAAAACUAGGUCACUAGGUCAAAAACUAGGUCAAAUAAUAGAAAAACCUUGUGUAGACAAUAGACGUCGCAGUUUUCAUCCAAUCUCGAUGAAAUUUGGUCAGAAUGUUUAUCUUGAUGAAAUCUGGGUUGGGAUUGUAUUUGGAUCAUCUGAGUUCAAAAACUUAUGAAAUUUGGUCAGAAUGUUUAUCUUGAUAAAAUCUGGGUUUGGAUUGUAUUUGGGUCAUCUGGGGUCAAAAACUAGGUCACUAGGUCAAAAAUUAGGUCACUAGGUCAAAAACUAGGUCACUAGGUCAAAUAAUAGAAAAAAACAUGUAGACAAUAGAGGUCACAGUUUUCAUCCAAUCUUUAUGAAAUUUGGUCAGAAUGUUUAUCUUGAUGAAAUCUGGGUUGGGAUUGUAUUAGGGUCAUCUCGGGUCAAAAACUAGGUCACUAGGUCAAAUAAUAGAAAAACCUUGUGUAGAGAAUAGAGGUCACAGUUUUCAUCCAAUCUUUAUAAAAUUUGAUAAGAAUGUUUUUCUUGAUGAAAUCUGGGUUGGGAUUGUAUUGGGGUCAAAAACUAGGUCACUAGGUCAAAUAAUAGAAAAACCUUGUGUAGACAAUAGAGGUCACAGUUUUCAUCCAAUCUUUAUGAAAUUUGGUCAGAAUGUUUAUCUUGAUGAAAUCUGGGUUGGGAUUGUAUUUGGUUAGUCAGGUGAGCGAUUCAGGGCCAUCAUGGCCCUCUUGUUAUAUUUAAUUUGUGUUAAAUUUACAAAAUAUAGAUAUGCAGUCAUGUUUAUAAUAUUGUUUGGGGAUGUGUUUUGUUUUUACAAUAGUUAAAAAAUGCACAGCAUUUAGAUAUGCACUAUUGUUUAUGCUUUAUAUUAUUAAUGUAUAUUGUUUGUUUGAAUAUGUUGCUGCGAAAUGGGAAUAAUAUGUAUUUAUUUACAAUAAAAUGGUUAAUAUCAAGUGA